AUUUAUUUUAUACCAGGAAAAAAAUAAAAUGUUGAAUAUCUUGUGGAAUUUUUGAACCUUAUUUCAAAAGAAUCAUACAAAGAGGAAAUGAAAUUUAGUAUGGUGGACCACGCUACAAGAUAUAUUUAAAGAUGAGCAGGAGGAAUUGUUGGAUUUGCAAGAGGUGCAGAGAUGAAUCAAACCAGCCCCCUUCAAAUCUGACAUUGGAGGAAGUCUUGCAGUGGGCCCAAUCUCUUGAUAAGCUGAUGACAACAAAAUAUGGUCCCAUCAUUUAUGCAGCAUACUUAAAGAUGGAGCACAGUGAUGAGAAUAUUAAAUUCUGGAUGGCAUGUGAAAACUAUAAGAAAAUUGACUCUCGGUGGAGCCGAAUUUCAAGGGCAAAGAAGCUUUAUAAGAUUUAUAUCCAGCCGCAGUCCCCCAGAGAGAUUAACAUUGACAGCUCAACAAGAGAAAAUAUCACCAAGAAUCUUCAAGAAGCCACUCAAAUGUGUUUUGAAGAGGCUCAAAAAAUAGUGUAUAUGCAUAUGGAGAGGGAUUCCUACCCCAGGUUUCUAAAGUCAGAAAUGUACCAGAAACUUCUGAAGACUAUUCAGUCCAACAACAAUUCCUGA